AUGUCUGGUCGUCUUGUCGUCUUCUUUGGCGCUCUGUCAAUUGUGGCAGCGGGUGCCAUCCCCGACAGCGCUGCUGCAACUGUCAUUGAGAAGGAUGUCGUGAUUCUAGGUGGUGGAGCGUCAGGCUCCCACGCUGCUGUCAGGCUUCGGGAGGACUACAACAAGACGGUCGUGGUUGUCGAGAAGCAGAACCGCAUUGGAGGCCAUGUUGGAACUUUUGACGACCCCGAGACGGGCAACUCUUACGACUACGGCGUCAACUCAUACACUGAUUACCCCGGCGCUCGCGAAUUUGUUGCACGUUUGAACGUUUCUGUUCAGACACCCUCACGAUUGGCUCUGACUACCAGCUACGCCGAUUUCAGGACGGGCAAGUUGACAAACUAUUCGCUGCCUGCCUCAGCCGAUAUCAGCGCCGCGCUGAGGACUUACAUCGAGCUUGCCGAAAAGUAUGAGGAUAUGAUCCUACCCUCCUAUGCGAAAUUUCCCAAGAUCAACGAAACCAUUCCUGAAGAUCUGACCAUGCAUUUUGCCGAUUUCGUCAAGAAGUACAAGAUCGAGGCUGCCGUCCCUCGAAUCUUCCAAGUCACCGGCUUGGGCAUGGAGGAGUUUCCUAACCAGUUGACCAUAUACGUCAUGCAGGUUUUUGGUGCUCCUCUGGCCCGGUCGCUCCUGGGAAUCAUCGGAUCUUUUGUACCCGUCUCUAGGAGGAACCAGGAGAUCUAUGAUUCGAUUGCCGAUCUACUUGGAGAGGAUAUCCUUUACUCCUCGACCGCUAUCAAAACUGUUCGCACAGACGAGGGUGUUGAGGUCCUUGUUCGCAGCGCCCAGAAGAAACAUACUCUGAUCCGAGCCAAGAAGCUCAUCAUCUCUUUUGAGCCCACCCUCGAUAACCUCAGGGGUAUUGAUAUCGACACCAAGGAGACUGCCGUCUUCGAGAAGUGGUUAUGGUCGACAGUUCACGCUGGCAUUAUCUCGCACCCGUCCCUACCUGCUCUGCGCUCUUACACCAACACCGACGUGACCAAGUGGCAAUCUCUCCCCGACCUCCCCUUCGUUGGCCGCUUUGACUACCUCGGAGAUGAUAACUACCGCGUUCUAGUUGGUGGCGCUGCAGGCUUCGAUAUUCGUGAGGCGCAGAACCUUAUGAAGAAGUCCCUUCAUCAGCUCUCAGCUGCUGGCACCAUCCCUGAUCUUGGAGAUGAACCCAUCAAGAUUAAGGCGUGGGCGGACCACGGCGCCAUGCAACUCCACGCGUCCGAGACAGACCUUAAGGCCGGCUUCAUCCCUAAGCUUUACGAGCUUCAGGGACGCAAAAGCACCUACUUCACUGGCGGCGCGUGGACUGCGCAGUUCACUACCAUCUUGUGGGAGUAUAACAACCAGUACCUCUUGCCUAAGCUGCUGGCAGAGUUCUAG